AGUCAGACACUUUGCCAGUGUCGGACGUUCGACAACUGCGAACAGAGCAAAGCAGUAGUUCGGAAUCAAUCGAGACCCUCAAUUCGAUAGUGCGAAUUUUUUAACGAUUUUGGCGCGAUUUGUGGUGAUAACGCGAUUUUAAUUUUUGGUGGGUGAUUUUUGUUGAACCGAUUCUGUUUAGGGUUUGCCUGCGGUAGCCUGAGGUGUUGAAAUAUAUUAUUACCCAUGGAAUUGAAAAUGCGACCCUGGAAUAUCACAAUUUUCCUGGUGUUGGCGAUAUCCUUAACCGCUGCAUUUACAUUAGAGGGCAAGAGAGCGGCAUGUUCAAACGAAGGAGAACCAGUGACUUUGGGCAGAAUUAUCGAUAGACAAAAAUGUUUUUCCUGCAUAUGUAAGAAUGGGUAUAUUGAAUGCGACUCCAAAUGUCCAAAGACGGAUGAUUGCCAUAUGAUUGUUGAAGAUGGAUGCUGCAAACGAUGUAAAGGCUGCAUUUAUAAAGGUGUAAGCCAUCCAAGUCAUACCGAAUGGUCGGAUAUUGGAGACCCUUGUAAAAUUCUGCGAUGUGAAGCAGGUGUCAUCACCGUCUCGAAUCUGCGAUGCCAUACACCAUGUGCCAAUCCUCUGCCACCACAGCCUGGGAAAUGUUGUCCUACUUGCCCAGAGUGUAAAAUCAACGGUCAAACUGCCUCUGACGAUCGAGACGUAGUAUCGGAUGAUCCAUGUUUGAAGUGUCGAUGCAGCAAAGGAAGGAUGACCUGCGCCAAAAAAUCCUGUCCCGUUCUUCAAUGUCGCCCAAGUAUGCAACAUCAUCCACCAGGUGAAUGCUGUCCAAGGUGCAAAGGUACACGAGCGUUGAUCGGUUCCCCUAACGUUUGCACCCUGCAAAACACUCUAAGUCGAGAGGGUCAAGAAAUAAAAAUAGACAAGUGCACUGAAUGCGUCUGCUUAAAUAACACAUCCAUCUGUAGCAGAGCCGCCUGUCCAAUUCUGGAAUGCUCAUCCGACUUGCAGAAAUCUUUACCCGGAAGUUGUUGCCCGAUAUGCACGAAACCGAUCAUUGAAGAAGUAACCAGCCAAUGCUAUUACGGUGGAAAUUAUUAUGAGGAUGGUAAAGUUUGGCCACUCGAGAAUCCGUGCAGUUCUUGCAAAUGCAAUCGGGGUCAAAUUAGCUGCGCGAAGACAAGGUGUAACACAACUUGUACUUCGGGAAUGAAAGAAAUUCACGUGCCUGGAGAAUGUUGCUCCAAAUGCGUGGAAGUGGAAGGAGUGUGUAUGGUUUUUGGCGAUCCGCAUUACAAAUCGUUCGACGGAAAAAUAUACACGUUCCAGGGCAUCGGCAAAUAUCAAUUGGUCAAAGAUUGUCACAAUGGUAGUUUUGCCAUCAAAGUUGCAAAUUACGUCACUAAGAGGUAUUUGUCUUCACCAAUUACUAGACGCGUUGCAGUGACGUUUGGUGAUCUCCGUUUGAAUUUACAACAAAAAGGCAGAGUAAAGUACAACGGGCAAAUAAUAAGCAUCCCGUAUAAGAAAGAAGGAAAAUUUCGUGUGAAAAAAAUUGGAAAUAAUAUCGACAUCACGUUGCAAAAUGGUGUAAAGUUACUGUGGAAUGGAUACAGCUUUCUGGAAGUGACAGUUCCCGCAAUUUUUCGAAAUAAAUUGUGCGGGUUGUGUGGAAAUUUCAAUUUAAAUGUCCAAGACGAUUUAAGAAUGAAGUCUGGAAAAGUGGUAACCGACAGGGAAAUUCUCAAUUUUGGUAGUUCUUGGUGUGUGGGCAAGAAAAAUGAAUGCGCCAAGAAAAACAAGUUACUGAACAACAACACUUGCGUCAAGAAUCGAUCGGAUAAUGUUGCCUGCAAAUUUCUUAUGAGUCGUCACUUCCUAGCGUGUGAGUCCAAAUUGAGUUACUUGAAGUAUUACAAAGCGUGCAAGAUGGAUAUGUGUCACUGUCCUAGUGGCAGGUGUUACUGCGAGAGCCUUACGGCUUAUGCCAGGGAAUGCGAAAGAUUUGAUGUUCGCCUGGGAAAUUGGCAAGAAUUUAGUGGGUGCGAUUUCGGCCUAUUACGACGUUCAAGCAAACAUCACCGAAAGUUUCAAAAAUCAGAUCCAGAAGACAACCUUUUGGAGUAUAAUCCAACGAAUAAUACUCGAAAACAGCACAAUCACAAAGUGCAAAAUCAUCGUCUACCAGCAGAUCUUCUAAGAUAUAAGCCAGAACACAUCAGUCGAAGUAAAUCAAUUGCGAAAAGUCGCAGUCCGAUACCUUUGCAGUAAAUCAAAACAAACUAAGAAUUAUUAUAGACGGCUAGUCAUUUUCAGUAUUUUUCUACGUCGCCUGCCUACUUAAAGCGCGCGUAAUGUAUAUAAUGUCAUUUAUGGAGGAAGUAUUAUUAUUGUUUUAAAUUGCGUAAAAAUGUUUUGUGUGAAAGGGUAGUAAUAUUGAAAAUACGGCAUACCUAACUAAAAUUGCAAUGGUCCAUAAUUAUAUUGAAUUGAUUAUAGUUAAAAAGCGAAUUUUAAUAGCAAAUGAACGCUUCAAAUGACUGGGAAACUUUUGCUAAUUGAAAGUUUCGUGUUGUAAAUGAAAUAAUGAAACAAUCAAAUAAGAAGUUGUCUAUAAUUAAAAACUUUCAUAAUAGGUAUAUGCCCUUACUCGAAGAAGUAAUAAUUACUACUUGCAAAAAACAAUGUAUAGCUUGACCCUGGUAUCCAUAUAUCAAUUAAAUUAUAAGGUAGCGCAAUACUGUGGCGAAGUCUCCCUUCUUUCUCACAAUUGAAAAAAUGGUUCAAAGUGCUGUAUAAUUUCACAUAAUCAUGACGUUGUUAAUAGAGUACAAUAUUUAUGAUUUUUCCCUAAAAUGUUUAUGUGACUCUGUAAUUGUUUUUGUAUUUUCAUGCAAAGGAGCUUACUUAAUGGAAAAUUUUUUGUUCACUAGCGACAUUCAUUAAAAUUCAGACAAAAAAUUGAACAAAAUGACGCUUUUUCGGACAAAUGCAGAAAAGUCAUAAAAUCAUAUUGUUUGCCUUUUCUUACUCCUCCGGUUGAUACUAUACUAAUAAUACCUAUCUUCCGCAACCUCCCAUAUUGUCCAACGUGCAACCUUUAUAAUAUAAAAAAUAGACUUCAACAUAGUCAAAUAUUAUUUUAUGUUUUCUCACGUAUGAGGAUCCAAAAGUUUUUGCCAAUUUGCUAACUUACAACUACUUUUUAUGUUAUUGGAGGCAGUGAAUCUAAAAAUGUAAUAAAGUACAUGGUACACUAUUUUUAUUUAUGUAUUUAUUUUUCUUAAUGUAUAUAUACUUGUUGGAAGCGGCAGUAUUCAAAAUAUUUCAGUUCUGCAAACGUCAAACCUACUAUGAUAUGGUAGAGAAAUACCACUAAAAUGAUAGAGGUGCAGUAAAUAAACACGAUACACUAGUUAACCACAGUCAAUAAGUUUAGAGUUUUCGAGAUCAUUGAGAAAUCUGUUGUCUGAGAUAAUUAAUCAGGAGUAUCAUUUAACUCUGGGUAAAAAAUUUGGUUAUCCUAAAGUUAAUUUUCAUAUCAUUUGAUGCUAUCCUACAAAUCGAAAGUUAUAGAUCAUAAUAAUCAAAAAUAUAUACUGCGUUCAUUUCACAAAAUAUAUUUAUUAUUAUUUUUGAUCACCACUUUUGUUGGACCACCUUAAAAUAUUGAAAGUACUUGAAGUUAUUCAUAUAUUGAAACAUUUUUUCUAAAUAAUUUGCCACACUAUUGUGCUACCCUGUAUGUGUGUGUUUAGGUUUAUGGCACGCCAGAUGAAAUUUAAUAAAAAACAUUAAAUUUAAAUUUAUCUUCUGAGAAAAUUUCCCCUUCUUUUGACGUACAAAUUAAAUUGCAUAAAUAAAUUACAAAGACAAAUUAGAUGUCUUUAUAGAAUCGUGCUGUAAAUAAAUAACCCUUUGUAUAUUUAAUUAAGUUGUAAUUUAUCUAUAUUGUUAAUUGAAUCCAAAGUGAAUGACACUCUUGAAUUAAGUAUUGUUUGAAGACAAAACUUUUCCAUAGCGUUUUUUUUUUACCAAAGACAUGUCACUUGCACUUAAUGUUUUCUAAUUUCCAAAUUGUUUAACUUUUAAACAAUUGUUUUGUAUAUACGUUUUAGUAUGUCCAUGUUAGAUUUAUUGGUUAAGACGAUCUCUGUAAUAGUUUAUUAAUUAACCUAUUUAAAUUUAUAAAACACACGUAGUUGUUCCUAAAUAUCCGUACAAGCUUGUAGGGAGUUGUAUCUCAGAAACGUUGUCAAAACUCAGUCAAGUCAUUUGCUCAUGUAUGUUUUUUUCACAAUAAAUAAGAACUAAAAGUUCAGAUUUUCACGAAAUUAUAUAUUUUGACAUGACAAUUGUUUCGACAACACCGUGUCUUUAUCAAAUCAUCACUUUUGAUAAAGACACGGUGUUGUCGAAACAAUUGUCAUGUCAAAAUAUAUAAUUUCGUGAAAAUCUGAACUUUUAGAUCCUAUUUAUUUUGAUAAAUGGAUUUUCAUCAAGUAAAAGCCUCCUCAGUUCAAUUCUAUUUUUGUUACUAUUGCAAAUGUUUUUUACUUAUUUUUCCUAAUAAUGCUAGGUGUAUAUAUUUUUUACUACAAAUCGUGAUAAAUUGAAAUUAAUUUUUAUUGAAGAAUAACUUAUUUUGACUGCGUUUCUGUGAAAAAUGAAUGUAAAAAUUUAAGAGAAAUAAAUUUGAUAUCGUGAUAUUCUAGGAAAUAUUUAUAGAAUUUCACCACAAAAUUGAGAACAGUUCCAUGUUUCUAUUUUGUUGUUUAUUCGCGUAGCUAUUAAGAUUUAAAUUGGUUAGCCUCGAAUUUUGUGAAUUUUCUAUCUAAUACGUUAUCUAGGUAACUUAUCAAAUAAUCAGUUUACGUCCAUAGCUUAGUUUUAUUUGUAAAAUUUUGUAUUUAUAUAUGUACAAUUCCUAAAUUAUUAAAGGUUAUGUGUAGGAUUAACAUUUUUUAAAUAACUACUUGAUGUUAGUAUUUUCACAUCUUAUUGAAAAGCACAUUAAUUAGAAAAAUACUUUUUGCAUUUUUUUAUAAAUUCCGUAGAACUUUGUGCCUAAUAAAUAUAUUAACGAUUUCAGGCUUUAUUUUAUAAGUUUGCAGAGUGAUUGCAGAAUUUAUUAUGACCGGAAAAAUAUUCAAUAAUUUAUUACAAUAAGUAAAUCUUUUGCUCUAUAAUGGAUAAUUUCUGUCCUUUAGACUUUUUUAAUAAUAUAUAAAAACAUCUGUAGAAUAAUAACUAACGUUCAAUUUUCUAUAUAUUCCAAGUGAUAAUAUUGGGGCUGUGUUUUUAUAAAUUUUAAGUCGUGCAAUAGCCAGUUUUGUCAAACUGCGUCUUUUGGUCGCACAAAAUUAAGUCUUAGGAGCAAAAAACUAUUAAAACAACCAUAAUUAAAAAAAAAAAAGAAAACUGCAUAAAUUGAUAUUGGAGAAGAAAACUCUAAUAAACCAAAUAAAAAUAAAAAAGAUAUGCAUAUUAAACUAUUAAAGAAACUAUCUAAAAACAGAUAUGUUGUUUAAGAACUAGGUUCCAUAUUACCGAAAUAAGAUGAGAAGAGCACACAAUAACAAAAAAAACGAACCAAAACUAACAAAAUAAAAUCGACUAUUCGAAUUUUAUAUAGAUUUUUCUUAAAACGGGAUUAUUGGCUAACUAAAAAAACAUUUGGCAGUAUUACCAACCUAAAUCUGAAGAAUCAAAUACAAACAAUCAAUGGGGUGAUGUUCUGAUAAGUAAAUUAACGAGCCAACUGUCCCAUUCGGGAAUACGGGGCAUUAUUAACAGAUCAAUGUCAUUUAUAAAAGAAUAACAGGCAUCCUUGAUUGUGAUUAUUGAUAUUAAUCAAAAUAAAAUUAACAAUGAGCAACCAGAUAACAAUUUACAACAAACUCUAUUAGAGAAUUUCACUAACCUUACGAAAAAAUGUGCUUAUAAAUAUUAUUAAAUUGCGAAAAUAAGAAAAGAACCAGUAGAUCCUAAUUGAGCCAAAGAAACUCUUAGCAAUCUGUAGAAAUGUGACAAUGUAGCGGAAAUGAAUAAACACUGCUAAAUUUAAGUCCAAAAUAUGAUUUUAAUAUCGCCCUAAGAUCGAAAUUAUAUCAGGAAACUCUUAUUGUCGUUGACAUCGUUUUUAUUGUUACUUAGGCGCCAUAAAAGGCGACCUAAACCAAAUUAAAAUUGAUACAGUGAAUUUAGAUGAAGUUUGAAAAGUCUACCAAGACCAGUAGAAAGAAAGAAAGGCGAAGGCGUCUGCUAUGGCACUAGUCCGACUGAUGCCCAAUAAGAACGGACCUACUCCAUAAUGCUUAAUGGAGCACCAGUUUGGGAGUCAAAAAAAAAGGACCGCAAAUAUAGAUACUUGCUGGUACCGAUCCAAUGAAAGCUAUGUUUUUCAAACCGUGUCAACUAAGGAAGCUCUAGUCCUUGCCAGUCUGGUAUCUGCAGACCUGUGGGGCCAGGAAAGAACUAACAUUUACAAUAAUAUGAAACGCCGAUACCAGGAAAGAAGUACGAUUAAGUACGCUUGUACCAUCUUACGCAGUUCUUUACUGGGCAUUGAUGCUUCUGGGCCUACUUCUUCAGAUUCAAACUAAGCCCCAUGUCAUAAUGUGAGUGCUGUUGAACCGAAUAAGCGGUAUGGCAAAUAGAAUCAUCACCAAAAAAGAAUUAGAAGAAAAUGUAUAAAUUAAAAGAAACCCGUAGCUAAAUAUACAAGACUGGACUGCGCAAUGCUGAAAUACCGCUGGAAGGUUCCGUCACAUUUAACAAAGAGUAAAUAAAUGUAUUUCUUAGUCGGUUUAUAAAAUAUAUGUUACCAAUUGAUAUAAGAAGCAAAAAAUCUUCAGAAAAUUUUAAAAAAAUUGUAAAAUAAACAAAGAAAAAACACACAAAAUACAUUUUUGCUAAUUAAAUGUUCACAUCUUAUAUAAGUAAUUUGGUAUAAAUUUGUCAAGCAAGUAUACAAAUCAAAGACUCAUUCUUAUCUACUUGUAAAUGAUGAAUUUUAGUUAGUUUGCUUAGGUAUAUUUUCGAAGUAUAAGCAUUGUCCUGUGCUCUGGUGGAACUGCUAAACAUUUGUCUUGUGAAAAUUUUAAACAAUAAUGCUUAAAUUACAGAGUCCUUAUUAUUGUUAAAAGUAACUAUAAAUUUUAAAUUAUACAACAUUUUGUGAACUUGCAUUUUACUCGCAUAUCUGCAGAUACAGAUUUGCAGAUAUUGGAACUCGUCUAUGUUAUAUACUAUUUUAAUUGAGAUUGUACAGCCGUUUAACCAACCAAUGACUGGUUAUUUUACACUAUUUGUAUAAAAAGUAAACAACAUAAAUGGUAUUUAAAAAAAAUAUGUUCGUAUGAUCACAUUUAUUUACCACAAAUACAUGGAUUUAGGGUAAAAAUAAUUUAAAGUCUAUCUUACACAUAUAAUUUUAAAGUUAAAAAAUUAUUGCGUUUCUUUGUUUCAAUCUUUUUACUAUAAUAUAAUCAAUUGUGGGGGAACUCGUAUAAAAAUUUCUCUUCGCUAGCUUUAUAAAUUAAAAAAAAAAACUUAAAAUUGCCCACUUAAAGUGCACACAAUUUAACAGUGUCAGUAUAUGUAUUAUGAAACAUUUAAAAAAGAACACAAGAAACGAAUAAUGAAUAAAGCAUUUUUUAAGUUAUUACCCAAUAGUCGAAGAAAAAUGUGUUCUUGUUAAUAAUAUCAAGUAAAUAUUUUUUUACAUUAACAGUCUUCAUUUUUCUUUUGUACACAUUGAUGUAUCUCGAUCUAUAUGUAUCUCAGUCCUAAUUCCUAUUAAGCAUUCAUGUUGUACUAAUGCUUAGAAUUUUUACAAUUGCAUCUAAGUGAGUAGAAGAUAUACAAGGAAUCACUGACAGACAGAUAUUUUGAUUAUUCCAAUAGGGUAUCUAAAAUUUAUACUAGGUUAAAUUAACAAAUGAAGGUAAUUUUGUCAUCUAAACCGUUGUUUGCAUAAAAUUUUAGAGCACCAACUAAAAUAUAGACUACCGAUUUUUAACCAGAGUUGCUGAAUAAAAAACCUUAGUAAAGGAGGUAAAGAACUAGAAAUAAUGUCUAUUUUGCGGUGCAUGAAGAGAAUUGCAUAGGUAAUGCUGCCGAAGUCAUCGUAAAAUGCUACAUUAAAAAUUAUAAUUAGAUUUUAGUUAGUGCUCGAGCUUUUACUUAGCCUGUUUUCUGUUGAUUAGUACAGAUAUUUUUCAGUUAUAACGAAAAUGAAAUGGCACAUUUUUAGAUAAUACAUCAACUUUUCAAUUGUAAAAUGACAAUGAUCACGAAAAAUAGAAUCAAUAUAUAAAUAAUUUACUUGCUACAACACACAUUAGCACGAUAAUAGAACGAUAGAGAAAGAGUCUAGAGAAGGGAAUUACAAGAAAUCUUUUUUUUUUCUCAUCAUGUAAUCUUCAAAUUUCGUUUAAAAUAGACAUUCACACAUACUUUGUCGUUGGUAUUAUCGGUGACACAAGAAUGUUCGAUAGUUGUAGAACGGUUUCGUGUAGCGAUUUCAUAUUAUUAGUCGAUGGAUUCUUAGUUUGGGUGUAAAUGACUGAAUUAUUUUGAAUCAUAAUCAUUCAGGCGAGCCGCAUAGUCGCCGUUUCCCCUCAAAACAGCAAUAUAGAAAUUGAGUGCAAUCCAAGAGUUACAGUCCUUUCCUCUGAUAUCGGAAAAGGGUUGAAAAUUUUAAACUUUUAACUAUAUUAAAGACGAAAAUAUUCAAAUCGUUAUCAUGAACUUUUUAAUAGUUAUAAUAAAGUGUCCUACUUUCUUGUGUCACUCGGUAUAUUAGGUUGUUGCUGCCUAUCAUAUUUGUACAGUGCGAAUCAAUAUUCUGACAAAGUACUAUAUCUCUCCUCUUUAAAAAUUGCUUCACACAAACAAAUAUUUCAAUUUCUACAGGACUUCAUACAACCGUAGCUAUAUUUUUUUAUAUUAUGAUCCAUAUCUUACAAUUUUCAGCCUUUAUAAUUUAAAAAUAGACCUUAAGAAAGAUGUAUUAGGUAUUAAGAGGUAAUUAAAUUCUUAGGCAUGUGUUUCUUAAAAGUCUUGCCAAUAAAGUUGAACUAAUGUUUUUGUCAUUUUGUAAUUAAUUAUAUAAAUUUUGGUAAGAUUCCUUAGCAAUUUUAACUUAAAUAAUCGAUUUAUUUCGAUUUUUACAAAAUGUUGUUCCUUAAAGCGAAACUUUAUUUGUUAAACGCACAAAUCGUUUAAAAAACGAAUUUAUAUUACGUAUUUUCGUAUGACUUACAACAACACCAAUUUCGGCCAGUAGGUACUCUGGUCACACAUAUACUGGCACUGUCGGUAAUGAAUAUAACUCUUAAAAACAAAUAUAACAAAAAAAAUUAAACCAAUAGAGCAGACCUUAAUGCAAGUGAGAAAUUUGAGCACUGGAUAAGAUUCUACUAAAGCUUCUGUAUAAU